CAUUCUAUUUUUUAUCAUUCAUUCAAUGUCCUUGGUCGCUAACUCGAAAGCGUGUAAAAGAACAAAACGCCGCUGGAAAAUUGUCUUGUUUCCCUCUAUUCACGACGGUUUAUAUUCAUAUAAUUUGUCUAAUGAAACACGUUUUUUUGUGAUCUGCAAAAUUAUCGACAUUCCACGUCGGAGAACAAAUGAACGCUCGAGAAGAGCUAUCCUUGUAGAGCGAGGUAGAAAGAAAAAAGCUGUGCAAGAUCGGCAAUAACCUUGUUCUAGUAAAGUAAUGCCGAAAGAAAAACCUCUCAACGAUAUUAACUCGUUUGUCCCAAUUGCUGCUUAGUCGCUCUAUAUAAGAAUAUGCACGGAUUUCGAAGUAGUCGAUUUCCUAUUCAAACUGGGAACGUAUCUCGUUCGAUAUAUUCGCGAUAAGAUAAGAUAUAUCGGAAUAUUUAUUUGCGAUGCAAUACUUUUCGAGUUGAUUCAAUUUUUGGCUCGAAUGCCAGGGCAUUCGAUAAUCUUUGCAAAAUCGGUCCUUGCGUCUUUGAUCAACGAUCAUUACAAAUAAAAUAUUCCAGUGAAUUUUGAUAUUCAAUCCUUUUUAAAGAAGGCGCGUAAAACGAAAGGCAGCCGUGUUUAUAUCGAAUAAAAUACGACUUUAUAGGAUAUAGUGUUUUAAAAUGACAACUCUUCAGACCGAUGACUUGGACCAAAUACUAAAAGACCAAUUUACAAAUGAAUUUCGUAAUGGGUACAUCAAAGUGCGCGGUUUUUGUCUACCAGAGAGAUACGAAGUUUUCGCGGACGUAAUUGAAAACUUCGAAGUCAAGGAUGACGAUAUUUGGGUUUGCAGUUUUCCAAAGACUGGGACAACAUGGACUCAGGAAAUGAUCUGGAACAUCGCAAAUAAUUUAGACUUUGAAGGAGCCAAGGUCCACUUAUCCGAAAGGUUCCCCUUUUUCGAGUACUCCAUACUUUUUGAUUAUUCACCUUACACAAAAGUUCAUCCGGAAGUGCAGUUACCUCUGUCAACUGUGGAUAGCGUGGAGUAUACGAAAAAUAAAGCUUCUCCGAGAUUCAUCAAAACUCAUUUACCGUUUGAUUUACUCCCACGCCAGAUUCGGACAGGCGAGAAAAAGCCGAAGAUUAUUUACGUGGCGAGAAAUCCAAAAGAUACCUGCAUCUCUUAUUUUCAUCAUUGUCAAAUAAUAGAAGGUUAUCGUGGCAAUUUUCCCGACUUCUGUCGCCUUUUCCUAGCGGAUAAACUGAGUUAUACCUCAUAUUGGGACCACGUUCUCGAUUUCUGGAAGAAGCAGACCACUCUCAAUAUGUUAUUAUUGAAAUACGAAUAUAUGAUAGCUGACUUGCCUGGUGCGAUAAGGAAGUCAGCCGCGUUCCUCGAUAGAACUCUGACUGACGCUCGAGUAAAAGUAUUGGAGGAACAUUUGAAGUUUGCCAGUAUGAAGAAAAAUCCAGCUGUGAAUCACGAGGAUGUGGUUCGAAGGAACAAGGAGCGGAAUAAAAUCACCGUUGAAGGUUCGUUUAUCCGAAGUGGUAAAGUCGGCGAGUGGAAGGAAAGAUUGCCCGAUAACGUGAUCCAAGAAUUUGACAGAUUAACAAAAGAAAGAUUUUCUCCGUACCAUCUCAAUUUCUGAACGACGUUGUACAUAUAUUUAUAAAUCUUUAAAGAUUGAAAAACGAAAUGUAUUAUAUUAGAAAUGGAAAAAGCUUUGUAAUACGGGAGGAAACAAUGUUAUAAUAAAAAUAUCAAUCAAU